AUGAAUUUGGCUGACUCUAAGGAUGAGCUGUGUCAGAAUAGCCUGAAUAAAAUCUACUCGGACCUGCUACACCUUAUAACCUCGUUCGAAAAAGGUAGCGGAUCGGAGCUAACUGUGCGUCUACGACAAGUGGAGUCAGGUUUGGAACAACUACGUGAAUCGAUCCGCUCGAUACCGGACAUUCAGAACAACGAGCAACGGCAGAGAGACAAAAUAGCAUCGUUGUACAGAUUUGUCUUGGACAUGCUCAUUCCUAAUCCACGCGUAAACCCCUUAGCAGGGCUAUACCAAGAUACCAGGUAG